AUGCCAAGGAGAGACCCAUCACAAUGGAUGACGUUUCAGCACCUCAACUUCUUGAAGCGCCAGGUAAGUCACAUGCAGCCCAUAUUAGCAGUCAACAACAACGCUGUUACGUGAGUGAUGGACAACAUUCUGUCCUUAGAUUGUGCCCUAUCAUACCAAUUGACUUCUCAGUCCAUGCUCAUGUAGCCUAGUUUACCUAUUUGUACCAGGUAAUGUCAGGACAUGUAGACAGGAUUAGCUAUUUUAUAAUUGCAGCCGUAUAGGCUACGUCAUGGGCAGCCGCCACUUAUUGAUAAAAAAUAAGAGAACGACUAGCUAAAUGUGUUACAUGUGUGCCAAUGACAGACCACCUUUAUCUUCACACACGCUAUCUGCUCUACCACCCUCUCCCCAGUAUGUGAUGAGGAGUAACAAUGCCCUCUAUCAGAGAGCUAAACCUAAGCAGACAGCCAUCUUGACCGUCCUCGAGGACAAUCGUGAUGACAGUCAGAUCCAGCAGGUCCCAACCAUCGACCAUGUGCCUAUGGUCACCGAUGUCACACCACCUCCACCACAGCCAGAGACCACAACCACAAAUGUGACUGCAACACCUGUCUCAAGUCCUGUCUCGACUGUGGCUGCACAGGAGAUACUUGCUGUGUUGAAACCUACCUCCAGCAAGACUGUGUCACCACCACAGACAAAGGCUGUAUCCAGUGCAGCUGGGUCUGGGACUGAGAUGUUAGAGGUGCCCCAUGUGCAGGUGGAGUCGGAUGAAGCCAGGGAGGCUCGGCUGGAGAGGCAGUGGAAGGAGCUCAAGGUGGACCUGGCUGAGCUUCCGGAUGUGUACGCCAAACUUGCCAAAAUCAAACUCACAGGUAUGGUAUGGCAAGGACUAGGCUAAACACACCAGACUACUCGGUAACUAAACUCAAGUCUUAAUUGCUGAGUGAUCAAGCUUUAGCAAGCAUUGACAGUAUUAUGAUUAAAGGUAUUUUUUAUUUUUUUUGUCCAUAAAACCGAAGGAACAUGUAUGAAAGCAUUUCUUAUUUUCUGUCAAGGAUAGGCACAAUUUGGCCUAGGGUAUUGCUUCGCCUUUCACAAAGAUGGGAACUUGUAUCAUUUGCAUAUACUCAGGGAUGCAAACUCGUCACUUUCCGGCGAUAUCCGCCAUUUUGAUUUCAAAAUAGGUCGUCCACAUGAAUCGUGUAGAUCCUAAGAAAAUAAGUUUGGUGUGGUGGGGUAUGUUUCUCGUAUUGAAAUGAUUGACUGAGCACAGAAUUAAUCCCUACGCGUCCUUCAAUGGGAAUAUCAAACAGUUCAGAGUGUGAUGUCAGAUAUAUCAGAAUUAGUUCUUUAUACAAUAUCUUCAAAGGUAGGAUGCAUAUGCCUAAUCAAUGAAUAAAAAAAUCAAUCUAUUUUUUUCUGGUGUUACUUAAAUUCUAUUUGGUGCCUAACAUUUGGGAGCUGUGUGUGAAGGGGGGAAUGGAGAAAAAGAGUGGUGUGAGUGUGUCUCUGUGCCUGUGUGUGAGAGCAAGAGUGUGUAAGCUAUGUGUGUAAAGUUGUCUGAAGAGUAGGCUAGUGAUUGGGGGGGGGGGGGAAUCGAUACAGUUACAUAUCGGGAUAUUAUUUUUGACGAUGUAUCCUUUUGACAAUAUCGCAAUAUUAUUUUUGCGCUAGUUGGCUGUACCUGCACCAAAACUCCAGUAUUUUUCCUUCAUAGCUUGUUCUCCAUCUUCUUUUUAAAUAGGAGCUGAUUUGUUUUCAGCACUUUUAUUUCCAUGACUGAUAAAAAAAUUGUUUUCUCAUGGCUCUCUCUUGUCCCUCUGCAGUAGACAUAUGGUGAGCAAUAUGUUUGGAACAUCGAAUCGCAAUAAAAUCACAGAAUUGUGAUAAUGUCGUGUCAUGAGGUCCCUGGCAAUUCCCAGCCCUACUAAAUAUGGUUUCAUAUAGUGUUUUCUCCCCCUUACUGCCACAAUGAGAAUGCAGAUCAUUAUGCAUUUCUAUUCCUUGAUAUAUUCCUCCUGCCAAAUCACAGGUGGACCUUUGGAUAUUAGCAAAUCGGCCAUUUUCUGCAGUAUCCCAUUCAAUGUGUUGUAUUGAGUAGAGGUGUGAAUAUGAGGGACAGGUUUUUGUGUAGCACACGUGCAGAACGUAUAGAACACAGUAUCGUGAUACUUGACCUGGUAUCACAUCGUUAGUAAAAGGUUGGUAUCGUGACAACCCCACUCUGAAAAUAAGCAAACUUUUUAGCAGUUUACACAGAAUUGUUUCUAGUGUUUCCUUGUCACCUUUUUGGGAACUCACCAGUUUGCAUUCCUGGUACUGUUCUGCAAGUAAUUGCCCAAAGCUGUAGGCCUAUAAUUGAUAUGGAAAUUAUGUUGGGUAUUCAAGGAUGAUAAGCAUGCAUGUUGCUUGUGUGUAGGUAUGAUGUUGAUAUUGUUGUCUGGUUGUUUCAGCAUUAGUAGUGUGGACGGCAGCAGCUGGUUUUGCCAUGGCUCCAGUACCCUUUGACCCUGCCACCUUCUUCCUGGCAUCCCUCGGGACAGGACUCGCCUCCUGCACCGCCAACUCCAUCAACCAGGUCAGUUACGUCACAGCUGUAUGUGCGUGUUUGUCCAAAUUGUGGUGCAGAGUAGUCUGCCUGGGCAGUCUUGGUUUGGUUUCAGACAUUGUCUUGUUAUUGCAGUGGGAUAUGACUGUCGGUAAAGGACUGUGAAGAAAAGCACAAUUAGCUGUGUAUAUAGGCCUGCUGUAUUAUUAAUGUGGACUAUAUCACCCUUGUGAUGACCUUUGUUUUACAUGGAGAGAAGUCUUUGGUUUCUGGCUCUGUAUGGGUGGGUAAUGGCUCAGAAAACUUUCAUGAUUCUUCAGGUCAACCCCAAACUUAAAAAACAUUAAAAUCACUGUAAUCGGCCCUGAGUGGUCUAUUUUUAUUUUAUUUCUCCCACUUAAGUUGUUUCUCUGAAAGAUGGAAGAGGCCUCAUUUCAACGGCGGGCAAGAUUACAGUUGGGUUCUGCAACGCGUAAUAGAUUUCCAUUACACUUUACACUAACAUGAACUCACUGGCUGACAGAUAUGCACACACACACGGUACUGUCCCUCAUCGUGCCCUUCUUGUUGUUCUACAAAACAUUGCGGGAGCCAUUGACAGCACCUUUGAACUGUAGUUAAAUUCCUCUCUCGCUGCGUAUCUAAAAAAUGUAUUAACAGGCGACUCAAACUGUAAUACUGUUAUUAUUUGCCUGCUGAAAGCUUUUUCGUAACAAAAAAUAGAGGGGCCGCUGUGCCUGGACACUUAAAAUGCCUGGAAUAAUCAGACCUCACUGGGUUGCAGAGUGUUGACGCUGUGCGCUGGAAUGCGCUCCAUGACUUAAGAAUAUUAGUUUAAUGGACAACCUCUCCCUCAGCCCUGGGUUGAACCCAAAUUAUCUGCGGCCCUCUGCCUGUAAUUUGUCCAGGGCCGUGAUUACACUGCAGGUUCCUGCCCUAGGGGCCAGAUAGCAGGGUCAUGUUCACUAGGUAGGCACCAAACAGAAGAAAAACGACUAAAACUGGGAGGGGCUAACCUGAACUAGUCCAAUGAGAAACACUUGUUUUUGUUGCAAAAUGUUUUCGGUUGCAGAAACCUCCCUUAGCCCUAACACUAGCCCAGCCUUCAACAGCCAAGUUCCAGGCAGUAUCCUCCUCCUCCCUCUCGUUCAGAGCUGGAAUUAGGUUAUUUUCUCAACUGGGUCACAAUGAACGGAACUUACAAUUUGUCCCAACAAUCCAAAGCUCUUGGACCUGACCGUUCCGUGCAGGCAUGUAGUAUUAUUUUCUCUAGUCUAGUGUGUCAUCGUCAGGGUGACGUCUGUAGAUAUGAAUGUGCAAAUGUUUACCGUUGUGGUGGGAAUAUCAAUUUAUCAAACCUAAAUCCUUAUUGGAAAAAAUGGCAUUGUCCUGUUGAUGACUUCUUGGAACUAAGCUCUGCCUGCCUUUCCUCUUCCAUUUACCUCUUUACCCAUCUACCUUACACUAGAGCAGGAGUGUAAAUAUCCUACAGGUAUGACAGUUAUGUCUCCUUCUCUAAAGGCAGGGGCAGGUUGGUAGUCUCUAAGCCCCAGCUGCAGGGCUCCAGGGCCCCAGCCCUGAGCAGUUCACAGUGCUGAGGGAUGGGUGAGGCAGUAGCUACAUCGUGUCCUUCCCUGUAUCUGGAUCAGUGGGCCCACUCAAGUCAGCCGCUGUCAAUCUUCAUUUUCGCUAUAGAAAUGUCUCGGGGCGAGGAAGGACAUAAUGAUCCAUCUUUCAUUUAGAUUACUAGAUCUUUCUCCUUUCACCAUCCCCUCUUUAUUUCCUCCCAGCACAGCAGUCACCAGCCUGGCCUAG